UCUCAGCCUGGUAGUUCGUGAAGGCAGAGAGGAACCGCUCUUCUAAUUUUAACUCCAACUAAUCGCCACGACACCACACCGAUCCCACUCUCUCCGCCUGGUUCGAUUGUGUGAUUGUGUUUGCAGGCGUCACGAAUUCCGUGGGAGCGCUGGACUGGAUCUGUCGUUCUUGUUUCCGCGUCAAAACUAAACAAAAAGAACCAUGGAGGGACUUUAUUUUGAAGCGAAGCCCACGAGAGAUAUUCGUUUAUCUUCUGAUCAUCGCUCAUCGAUUUCAUCUGAGACGAUUAGUGGCGAUAUGACGGAAGAGGCAGUGGAGGAGGUGCAGUACAAGCUGACAUUAAUCGGCUCUCUCCCGGUUCACCGUAUGACCACCAUGGCGAUGCUACCCUGGGUGGUAGCCGACAUUAGUCGGUCACAGGAGCCCGGUCCGACAGUGUCGCUCUGCGUGUCGCCGUCCUGGGUGCGCUGCGUUUGCGUGCAGGACGGUGGUCUACUCUGGGACCCCCUGACACACACGGUGCUGUUUGAGUGUCGACCCCACCAAGUGACCAAGCUGAUUCACAACAGCCAGGAGCCCAACAGCUUUGGAUGCCUGCUCAGAGAUGCGCCAAGCUGUGCCUGCUACGUGUUCAAAUGCCAGGAUAGCACCAAGGUCCCCGAGAUCAUCAGUACACUCAGGCAAGCUGGCAAAAGCUCUGCACGCAACGAUGACACCCUCACCAUCCCGAACAAGAGUUCGACAGACCCCAGAGACACUAAGCCAUCGGAAACGCACAUCGCCUUUUCUUCGCUUCCCGCGGCAGGCUCUGCGGCGAACAUCCCUGCCCUGUCCCCGACAACCUUUGCCAAAAGGUUUGAGGUGCUCUUUUGCGGCCGAGUGACUGUUGCUCACAAGAAGGCCCCCCCUGCACUGAUUGACGAAUGCAUUGAGAAGUUCAGCCAGUUAGCGCAGGGCUCAGCUAAAAGAGCGGUAAAUACCGGAGGAUUAGUUGGUGGACUGAAGAGGGCGUUAGCUUUCCAGUCUAACGGACUCGGCAGUCCUACUUUGGGUAACGGUGCUACUGGGAGCCCCACCAAUGGAAAACGCCCACUGCUGUUCAAACGGGACCCCAGCUUCCCAUCUCUGCAGGCCCUGGACGAGAACGGACUCUCACCAGAAAUCUCUCAUGGCAACACUACAGAUUCACUCACUCUCUCGCCUGGGGUGCAGCCCACCAGCCUGCAGGAGAACAGGACCAUGCUUUUUACGGUGGGCAGGUCACAGAUCUUUUUGGUUAGUCCAGACACUAAGAAGGUUGCCAUCGAAAAGAGUUUCCGUGAAAUCUCUUUCUGCUCACAAGGUAUUCAUCACGUGGACCACUUUGGCUUUAUUUGCAGGGAGACAGUGGAAAGAGGAAGCUGCCAUUUUGUUUGCUAUAUCUUUCAGUGUACCAAUGAAUCUCUGGUGGACGAGAUCAUGCUGACCUUGAAGCAGGCGUUCUCUGUAGCAGCUGUGCAGCAGAAUGCAAAAAGCCAAAGCCAACAGUGCGACAGCUGCCCCAUGCUGCAGCUCCACAAACUGUGUGAGAGAAUAGAAGGUCUAAAUGCAUGUAAAACCAAACUAGAGCUCCAGAAACACCUGGCUACUCUUGAUAACCAGGAUCAAGCUGCAGUCUUUGAGAGCACAAUGAAGUCUCGUCCUAAGAGUGAACAGGAAGAAAAUGAGCUUACAAUGGCAUCUUUGAGGAAUUGGUAUGAGGAGAGACAGAGGAUUCAUCAUCACACACUGCCAAAGGACACCAAACAGAAUGAGGAGGAGGAGGUGGCAGCUGCUCCAGUUGAGGUGCAGCAACAAAGUAGCAGUCGACAGCGACUUGAGCAAUUUAAGAGCCGGGCGAAACGCUCUUUAACCGAGUCCUUAGAGGGUAUAUGGAAGGGGAGCAGCAAGGCCGUUGCUCAGAGGGGCAACAGCGAAAGAAGCUACAGUGUAUCAUCCAUUUCUACCGGCAAUAGCCAGGACCAGUCCCGCUCAGAUGACCCCCUGUCCAAAUCACACCCCAACAGCCCGCUCAGGUGCCACAACUCAACAGGAGACCUGAAGCAGCUUGACCCCUUUUCUUCCCCGUCUUCCUCCCCCUCCUCUUCCCGACAAGGAGACGGUCAGCAACAGGGCUUCCGUAGACGGGCCAGCACCUUCAGCCACCCACCGACUCCCUCCUCAGCAGAAGCUUCACCUGCACGCACUUCAAACCGUUCGCCACAGCAGGAUGCCGCGUCCGCUUCCAAACACAAGCUGCUACGACACUACUCUGUCAGCACCGACACGCCACACCAGAGCAAACGUGUUCCAUCCGACACCACCCUUCCUCCUGUUCCUAACUGCUCCUCAUCCUCUUCUCCUCUGCUCCCUCCUUCCUCCCCUUCAACCGGAGCAAGGCUCAGUAAAAGACGUCCGUUGGGUGGACUGCGCGCUCGACUCCACUCCUCAUCCUCUGUUCCUAAUUUUCUGAAAUUUCAAUUCCUGGCCCCUGUCGAAGAAUACGACUGCCCCGAAACAAAGAGCAGAGAUGUUGCGGCCCUCUAUUUAUCAAGUGCUCAAUGUGAAGUUGGGGAAAGCCCUCUGCGCAGUCACCGACACUCGUGGAGGCAGCAGAUCUUCCUGCGAGUCGCAACCCCUCAGAAAAACACAGAUGUCAAUGAGCGUGGAGACAGUCUAGAUGGGAGUCGGGCAUGUGGGGGCCAAGCUGUGGGUGCAGGAGGUGUGGACUUGCCCAUGAGGGCGCUGCCCCAAGAGCGACCCAGAAGGAGCAAAGAGGAGCUGAGGGAACUAUGGAGAACAGCCAUCCUGCAACAAAUCCUCCUGCAAAGGAUGGAACGGGAGAACCAGAAACUACAGGCUUCUGAAAGUGAUUUGCAAAACAAACGUCUCAAGCUGGACUAUGAGGAAAUCACCCCAUGUCUAAAAGAGGUCACAUUGGUCUGGGAGAAGAUGCUGGGAACUCCUGGAAGGGCAAAGGUCAAGUUUGACCACGAAACCAUACAUUUGUCAGUCGCGCAAGGGGUGCCGAGGCAGCAUCGAGGAGAGAUCUGGAAGUUCCUCUCUGAACAGUACCUGCUCAAGCAGACGGUUCCAUCUCGACCACCGACCAAUGACGCGCCAUACAAAGAACUGCUCAAACAGCUCACAUCGCAACAACACGCCAUCCUCAUUGAUCUGGGUCGUACUUUUCCCACUCAUCCCUAUUUCCAAGCCCAGCUGGGGGCGGGACAACUAUCUCUGUAUAAUAUCCUCAAGGCCUACUCGCUGCUGGACCCUGAGGUGGGCUACUGCCAGGGCUUGUCCUUCAUUGCUGGAGUUUUGCUCUUACACAUGGGGGAAGAAGACGCCUUCAACAUGCUCAAAUUUCUCAUGUAUGAUGUCGGCCUCCGCAAACAGUACAGGCCUGAUAUGAUUAUCCUGCAGAUUCAGAUGUACCAGUUGUCACGUCUGCUCCAUGACUAUCACCGGGAUCUCUACAGCCACUUGGAGGAACAGGAGAUCGGGCCCAGCCUGUACGCCACGCCGUGGUUCCUCACCGCCUUUGCGUCGCACUUCCCCCUCGGCUUUGUGGCCAGAGUCUUUGACAUGUUGUUCCUCCAGGGGUCAGAGGUCAUCUUCAAGGUGGCCCUAAGUCUCCUGGGGAGCCACAAGCCUCUGAUCUUGCAACAUGACAGCCUGGAGUCCAUUGUGGACUUCAUCAAGACCACACUGCCCAACCUGGGCCUAGUGCAGAUGGAAAAAACCAUCAAUCAGGUUUGUGAGAUGGAUGUAUCCAAGCAGCUCCAGGCGUAUGAGGUGGAGUACCACGUCUUGCAGGAUGAACUCCUGGACACUCCCCCGACCCUGAAUCAACAGCAGCGUACUGCGCAGAUGGAGAGGACCAAUCAGAGCCUGAGACAGCAGAACCUUGAUCUUCUCGAGGAGCUGCAGGUGUCGUACGCUCGGGUGUGCAGCCUAGAAAGUCGAUUGGCGGCGCUGGUACAGUCGGAGAGCAAGCUAAAGGAGCAGGUUUCCUCUCUGGAGCUGGAGAAGGAGCAGUUGGCGAGCACAGCCACGCGUCUCCAGAAGCUGCUCGCCGGCCUGGGCAUACCAACGACUCCUGAUGGCCACAGACUGCCCCAGGUCGAUGAGGAAUUACACGCACCCCGAGUCCCAGCGGGGGCCACGGUGGGUACACAAGCAGGCCACGACGGUAGGACGAUGGACCCGCUGUGCCAACCCUUGCGUGUAGUUGAGAAGGUGGUCAAUGGACAAGGGGAAACUUGAUUCUUGAUGUAUUCUAUCCUUUGUUUGACAUCCGGGCCUCUUUAAAAGAGGAACAGGACAAAAACAGGAUCAUCUUUUCAAAACCUCUUGUGUGAUCAACAAGCAUGUGAUUUGACCAGCCUGUCCCAAAGAUGGCGGCACUGUCCGCCCCCUCGGUCCUCACAUGAGCACUUGUGCUUGUGUCUGUGACAAGCUCCAAAAGGCCAGCCAGCACACUGUGCGGCCAUUUGUUCCCAAAGAACGUAAAAGUGAGCACGUGUGUGACCGAAAAAGUACAUUUCACUCGGAAAACAUUGAAAAGUCCAGAAAUACACAAGCUGAAUGUCGGUGGCUCAUGCAUUUCAUAUUUCAUUUGUGUUACAAAAAGAAAAAAAGUCUAAAGUUGUGCCUUCUAGUCAGACUUUUUUUUUUUUUUACUUUAAAGAAACCUCUUGAGUAUAUGAACCUUGUGCCAUUUGGCUUACACUGUAUUCCUUCCACCAGACCUGCAGCUUCAAGCCAUGUACGCAAGUGUGUUUGUGCACUGAUUGCAACAAUCAGUCGGCGUUACACUGUAAGCAUGUUUUAUGCCAUGCACCUCUUUUGUUUUAAGUGAUUGUUCUAAUAUUGCCAAUCUAUACUUAAAUAUAUUCCGUGUCAUUUCAACACACCCCAAAAUCAA